UCUGAUCUGUCAGUUUUAUCGCAGUCUUCGUAUUUUUAUUUACAUUUACAUGAAAUUGAUUAAGAUACGACAUCGACACUCAUAAGCGAAACUGUUUUGUAAUGUAAGCAUUGCAUUCGUAGGAGUAGGGAGCGCGGAAUGUUGCUAAAGCAUCAAGAGCAAUAAUAUAGUUGACGAGGAACGCAUAACAGAGAAGGUGCGUCGCAGUGUACCAGUGUUGCGUUGCGGUGAAAUUAAUUAAGUAGAAUAAUUAUUAUAAAUUCAUAUAAAUUUGGUACAAUUAUAUUAUUCUAACUCCAUCAAGAUGGAUCGGCGAUUCAUAAACGUUAUUUUGUUAGGAUUUGGCUUUAUGUUUGUCUUUACUGCGUUUCAAACAAUGGGGAAUAUAGAGAAAACGAUCCUCGACAGCAUCGCCCAAGAUGACCCCUCUUUCACUGGCGACGGGUACACGUCUCUGGCCAUCAUCUACGCCACGCUGGCCGUGUGCAACUGGCUGGCUCCGUCCGCCAUCACGCUCACGGGCCCGCGCGGCGCCAUGAUCAUCGGCGCGCUCACUUACCUGUUCUUCAUAGUGACGUUCAUGUUUCCCCGCACCGCUUUACUGUACGCGGCAAGCGUGCUGAUCGGCGCCGGCGCGGCCUCCAUAUGGACGGGGCAGGGCAACUACUUGACCGUCAACAGCGAUGCUGAGACCAUCUCCCGCAACUCUGGAGUGUUCUGGGCCAUGCUGCAGUGCAGUUUAUUCUUCGGUAACCUCUUCGUGUUCAUAAAGUUCCAAGGCAAGCAGCACAUCGACCAGGAGACCCGUAAUAUGGUGUUCGGAUGCCUGACCGCAGUAUGCGCCCUUGGCAUAGUGUUCCUGCUGUUACUGAGGCCCGCUAAGCGCGCACCAGCUAUUGAAGAUGCCAAGAUUGAAGUUGUAAGCAAUGAGCCCACCAGUCCCUUGGACGCAUUCAAAGGAGCCCUGAAUUUGUUCUGCACCAGAGACAUGCUGUUGUUAAGUGUCACGUUCAUUUAUACUGGUGUGGAAUUAUCAUUCUUCAGCGGAGUGUACAGCCCGAGUAUUGGCUUCACGCUGUCCAUGGGCGAGAACGCGAAGCAGCUGGUCGGGCUGUCUGGAGUUUUCAUCGGUCUGGGAGAGGUUCUAGGCGGAGCUCUCUUCGGGAUCCUCGGCUCCCGCACGACCCGCUGGGGCCGCGACCCCAUCGUGUUCGCCGGCUACCUCAUCCACAUCACCAGCUUCUUCCUAAUCUUCAUCAACCUACCCAAUGUCGCGCCUUUCGGAGACACCAACGAAACCUCCUACAUCACCCCCUCGCCGCCUCUCGCCAUGCUCUGCAGUUUCCUAUUAGGCUUCGGUGAUGCGUGCUUCAAUACGCAAAUAUACUCCAUAUUGGGAGGGAACUAUGCCGAUAACAGCACGUCGGCUUUUGCCCUGUUUAAAUUUACUCAGUCGCUGGCCGCCGCCGCGUGCUUCUUCUACUCGUCGCGCGCUCUGCUGUCCGUGCAGCUGGGCGUCCUGGGCGUGCUGGGCACGCUGGGCACGGCGGCCUUCUGCCGCGUGGAGGUGCGCGCGCGCGCGCGGCGCCGCGCCGAGGCGCAGGACCUGGACGAGAAGACGCCCGCCACGCACUCGCUCGCCGACAACGCUUUACAUUACGACUGAACAGAGAAAACUAAAUUCUGAUCUAUUGGGAGUCAAUAUUGCUAUUGACUAGUUUUAUUGACAGCAUAUAACGAUACGGUCUAAACUGAUGGGUGCCAUUAAAUGAGCCGUUUACCCUAUAAAUUAUAAAUAGGCUUACAUUGUACCGUCGAGGCUUCAUUAAAUCGUAUCUACCUAAUGUGAUAUUUGUAACGUAACUUUUGUUUUUGACGACCUCCUGAGAUCCAGAAGCGGUUAUUUUGUUUUUAAAUUUGAACCAUUUGUUCGGGCUUUGUUAUCCAUUAAAAGUUCAAAAUGGAUUGUGAAAUAUGAAAAAAAAAUUGUGCGGAGGUUCAAGGAGGUUAAACGUCAGUUAUGUAAGGGUUGCCGAUCACUGUCAGCUAAUUGACGGGGUGACAUGAAUAUGUCCAGGUAUGUUAUAGCUACUAUAAACUCGAAUAAAAUGUGCUUUUAAGUACUAAAAAAAAUUAAUAAAGCAAUUCUUGUAUAUAUGUAUAUUUAUAUAUUUAGGUGAUCUUGGAUACGGCUCUAUUUCGAUGAAAUUUGCUACGUAGAAUCAGAAAUAAUUUAUUUUCGUUUUAUAAAACUUAAAUUACAUACAGAAGUAUAUAUAACAAAAAAAAAAGACUAAAACGUAGGGGUUUUCGGGGGCGAAAAAUCAAUCUAACUAGGUCUUAUCUCUGAGAAAGCGCGCGUUUUUGAGUUUUUAUAUGUUUUCCGAGCAAAGCUCGGUUUCCUGGAUAUUAAAUUAUUAUAUAAGUACCUCAUGUGUUUGCUGGCCAGGCUACGCUAGGCUUAUUCCUGGAGGAUAAAAAAGCCGAGUUUAUAAUAUUGAAAUUCAAAUUGAUUCCAACAAUGUAUUGCAGAUUUUAUAAAAUACUUGUAUGUUUUAAUAUUAGGUACAUUUAUUUUAUCAGUUUUCUUUUUAAUCACAUAUUAGUUUAUGUUUGUUAUUUGAUAUUUUACACGCCUCGCAGCUUAGAGAUUGCAUUUUUUGCAAGUGUAUAGAUAGGUAUUUUAAUUAUGCACAUGUAGAUUGUUUAAGUUAACUACUUUAACUGUACUUGUUUAUGUAUAAUAUUUUAUAUCCAUAUGCAUUAAGGAUAGAAGUUGUGCGAGACAAUGUACAUUAUGAUGUCCUGGUUAUCACAAGAUAUUUGCUUAUGUUAAAUAAAAACCUUAUUAUCUAUAGCCAUAUACCCAAAAAAUAUAGACUAUAUGGGAAUGGAACAUGACAAAUCCUGUUUUGUAUGUUUCAUAGUAAAAUGGUAACAGAAGGUGCUGUCAGAUUUUAAGAAUGAUAUAUGAUAUUGUAAAUAAAAAUUAGAUAUUUUUUUAAAUGAAAGAAACUAGAACGAACAUAAUGUGAAUAAAUAAUGACGAAAAUUAUAAGGCACACAUAAAUAUUGUAAAUUGUAUAUAAAUUAAUAUUGAAUGUCUUCAAUUAUCACACAUUUGUAUGGAUAUAUGGGUUAUAGAUAUCUAUAUUUCAAGUAUUUGCCACAAAUUUUAUGUUGACAAUUGACAUGUUAUAUUAUGAUAUUAAAAUGGCUGUGGCCAAAUUAACUCCAAACUUCAAUAGCACAUUCCUAUUUUCACAAAUAUUAAAAUUAUGUAUUUCUGUUGUCAUCUUAGGUAUGAAAGGAGAGCAUAUGGGUUAAUGAACUAGAGUCAGACCCAGAUAAGUUGGCAGCGAUUUUGACAGCCCAGGCAAUGCAAGUGUUAUUUUAAACAUCAAACUUCUAUGAAAUUAUGAUGUUUACCUAACACUUGCACGGGCUGGGCUAUCAAAAUCAUUGCCAACUUAGCUCGGUCUGACUCUAUUUCUUGUGUUAUACUGUCCCGUGAGCCAGGAGACAAUAUUAGCAUAGUUUCUUAGAAGACUUCUACUAGCAUGCUUAGUAGAAUGCUAUUAUGGAUAGGGUUUAUAACUACCACAAAAAUUCAUGUUUAGUUUAUUGAAAUACCAUAAAACCCAGGUUUUAUUUUAAGAGAGGCCCAGGAGAAUGUAACCAUGGCAAUGAGGGACAAGAAAAAGUUGAUAAACCCAUAUAAACCUUGCCUACUGUAAUUGUAAUGCAUGCAUUCCUGAGAUAAUUAAAUGUAUUCCUUUAAACAUUCCAUUGCUUUAUACUAAUUGGUAACUAAUAACAGAAAUCUAAAUCAAACUAAAUUGGUAAUGUCUAGUCAAUUAUUUUUUUCCUGGCACUAUUUACUAGAUGUACUCUAACUUUGUUUAUAGAAAAAAUUACUUAAGAGUAGAUAUUAUCAUAUAAUUAUUAAGGCAAUAAAAUAUAUUAACAAAAA